AGCCCUGACCUAGUAUAAAACAAUGGGCUAAAUGAGGUGGCCCAGUUCAGGUAGAGAUUUCUCAUAUAUACUCAACGAUCUCCUGAAUUCCUUGCAUUUAAAACUUGUGUUCACUCUGUGAUAUUUUAACGUUUACAAUGGCUGUUAUGAAGAAAUUUGCCAUCGCUGCAAUCUGCAUUGUAGCUGCGGCCUGCACCGUCUAUUUUGUCUAUUUCCGCCAUCCUCCGGCCGCCAGUAUCCUCGACAACAACAAGAGUAAUGACAUGCUGCGACAAAUUCGAAACGUGGAUGACGAUUAUUCGUACGAAGAGGAUGACUAUGAAGAAGGUGACGUAACCCCGGAGAGUGCCAAGAAAAAAUGGGAGCGCUGGAUAAAAAAGCAUGGUCAUGUGUCGAUUGGAGAACUUUACAACAAGUGCGAGGGCAAUGACAAGAUAAUGGUUGGGAAGACGAUAUUGGUCGAGGACAAGAAAAAUGGCGGCGUGACGUCAUAUACUCAUGCCAACGCAACGUGGGAAAAAGAAGUGACCGACGGCGAGCUGUUCAUCGAUGUCAAAUACAAUGGAAAAGACUUGUACAAUAACCACUGGGACUUGUGCCAUGUCGAGGAUGACAAUGAAAAAGACAGAAUCAUCUUUUGUCCCAUCAAAGCGGGGAGACAAAAUAUCAUAAAGAAUAUAAAGAUUCCUAUUUAUAUACCUAAGGGUGAAUAUGUGACCAAGGUCUGGGCGACCAACCAAGACAAUGAAAUAUUGGCAUGUGGAUUCUCAAAGUUUGUGUUAUAAGACAACUUCAAACCAAUAGUAUGAAGACUGGCUGAGGAUGAUGAGUGAUAGCAUUAGCAGGGUAUUAGGGUAUACUUAUUACACCCUUGCUAAUCAGUAUUCUUUGCGUCAAAUAUGUUUUCAGCUAUCGUCUUCAUCAGGAAUCCAUAUCACUUCAACUUUCACACCCAAAUGCAUUUUCAUUUUUAUUAGAAUUAAAUGAGUUUUUAUGUGGAACUUUCAAAAUAGUUAUUCUAUUGUGAAGUUUUAUAUAAGAAAUUUGUGAAGAUGGUGCUAAAAAUUACAAAGCAUAAUAAUCUGUCUAAGAAUGUAUGAUAUUUGCAUACUUUGGGGUCAUUCAUCGAGAGGUUUCAGGAAUCAGUAGAGCAGGGAGAUUCUGACAAAACCGCCCUGCAAUGUCACAGUAGGAGAAAAUUGAAGAAGGUUGUUAUUUCAACUACACAGAGAACCCAACUGCUAAUAAUUUAGGAAGAUAAGUUUGCCAAAAGAUAUGCCAAUUGAGAAAAUGGUAGAUAGGCCUAGCUGAUUUUUGGCAGUUUUGAAUUUGAUUCACCAAGGGUUGAUUCGUGUACCCUCUUGAUGGAUCAUCCAUUUCAUUUCUGUAGUGUUUAAAUUUCGACGGUUUCAGCUGAAACAUAAAAGGUUACAUGUAGUUAGGUUUUGGGUAAGUGAUUCUGUAAAAAUGUUGUGAUAUACAUGUACAUGUAUCUGAUUUUCAUAUGCAAAAAUUUGUAUCUCAUAAACAUUUGAAGUAUUUUUAGGAUACCCAGUUCAUGACGCAGAAUAAAAUGAUGUGUUUACAGUACAUGUGUAUUUUACUUCACCUUGCCAUCAUUUCUUUCACAGACGACUUAAGUACAUAAUGUACUGCAUACAACAACAGUCGAAUGACAUGUGUGUGUCAUUUGCAACAUAGCUCAUUACACAUCUUACUAAAAUUCUAGUCUAUUGGGCUAAUCAUGUUGGGGAAAUAGUAGUAGUUUGUACAAGUUAUUGGUCAAAAGUCUGCCUGAGGAUCUUUGGGAUAGACGUCCUUUUUUAUCAGAUUUUGGAUUAUUUAGAAGGGGCAGACGAUUUGUCAGGAUUCAGCAGGAUUCAGCAUUAACUCAUCAAAACUUCAUUUAUUUAUUAUCUCAUUGUUGUAAAUACAUGUAGUGUCUUUAAGGUGUGUUUUGUAUGAAAAUUGAAAAUAUGUAGCCAUAAAAUACAAAAUAAAAUAC